UCGCGUUGCGAGAGUGGACAAGCGGCAGCAUGCAUAUAGCAUCUCCGGAUGUCCACUCAACGCAGAUAGUGCGGCCACCGUGAGGCUUUAGUGGGUAAAAAUCUCACAUAAUCCUCGACUCUCCCCGAAGUCGAGGAUAUCUUUGGAAGAUUUCCUCACGUAAAAAAAAAAAAGAAUGCAUUUAUAUACCAAUCAUACACAUAUAUGAUUGGUGGUGGAAGGGGAAGAGGGUUAUGUGAGUUAGGUUAAGCAAACAGAUGACUUGUUUAUGUCACCUGUUGAAUAUUGUGAUCACGUAUGUAUAUAUAUGUAUCACUGUACCACUAUACAUAUGUUACGUUGUAUGUAGUUUGAUCGCUUUUUACUUUUUAAUAUUUUUUUCUGCUGGAUUAUUUAGUAGCAAACACUACCGAUUGAUCGUCGCAGAUGUAUAUAGGUGUGUUUAUAAUGUAAAAAUGUCAGAUAUAGAAUUUUACACAAUUAUGUAAACGCUUCAAAAUAUAAUCUUCAUGUUAAUUCGUCGAAUAAUAUUAUAAAUGAUUUUGCGAUGAUUUCAUCGCAUAUUUUUAUCGAUAAUACAAGCGCAAAAUGCAUACUACAGACUAUAUACAUCAACUUUACAAAUAAGAGGAUACAUAUAAAUUUAAAGUAUGCAUAAGAAAAGAUCUUAAUGAGAUAAUUGAGUUUAACGAAGGUCAAAUAUAAUGAUAGUCAAAGAAACUUGUGAUUGGCAUUACUUGACUACUUGGCAUUAGUGUUGAGAGAACUGGAUUGUUAUUAUGUAUUUAUCGAAUUCAAUUUUUACUGUGAUGACAAGAUGCGAUUUCGAUUUUUAAAACAGAGAUCUAUAUUUCUGAUUGGUUUGACAAUUGGCUUUGUUUUUCCAUUAUUGUUAUCUUUAUUAAGGAAUAUAUUUGUGAUUGAUUCGAUGUGUAAACAAGAUCAACCAUUGUGGCAACCUGAAUAUUAUCUGAGUAAGGAACCUCACCACGAAGAAAUUAUUUUACAGCAUUGGGAAAAAGUGAAGAGAUCUGGAAAUUUUAAUAUCGUUACAUACAACACUUGGUUGGCAGCACAAAACUUGAAACCAUACAAACUUGAUUUGGAUAGAUAUCUAUAUCUCCAAAAAGGAUACAAUACAAGAAAAAUUGAAAGCGAAUGGAACUGGUUAAAAGAACGAGUAUCUGUCACAUGUAUAGUUUUUGUAGAAAAACUCAAAUUGGGGAAAUCAAUCCAGAAUACAUGGGGUAAACGCUGUAACAAUAUUUAUUUCUUUGGACACCGUUUGAAAGACGAUGAAUUGCCUAUUAUAAAUAUAAAUACAAAGAUUGUGUCAUCUUGGCAAUUGCUGUGUGAAGCUAUGAACUACAUUUGGAAAAAAGAAGCAGACAAAUUGGAGUGGAUUAUUUUCGUAAAAGAUAAUACUAUAGUCAUACCGGAAAAUCUGCGCUAUAUGAUUGCUCCGUUAGACCACAGAGAUGAUUACUAUCUGGGUCAUCCAAUAGUUCUGUGGGGUCAGAUUUAUAACGUUGCUCAAUCUGGAUAUGUUCUUAGUAAAGGAGCACUUGUUAAAGUAUUACAAAUGUUCAAUACUACAGAAAAAUGCAUUGAAGGUGGAAAAUAUUGGAAGAAGGAAGAUUAUUAUCUUGGAAAACACUUAUCGUUUUUGGGUAUACGUCCAUCUGAUACCAGAGAUCAGUAUUUGAGAGGUACUUUUCAUGGUCAUUCUUUACAAAAUCUUCUAUGGGGUAUUAUCAGACCAGAUAGCUACUUUACACAUGCUGUGUAUCCGACGAAAGGAGAAUGCUGUUCACCGAUAUCUGUGACUUUCAGUGUCAGUGAACCCGACAAAAUGCAUAUGUUAAAUUAUUUGCUAUAUCACUUGCAUGUAUUUAACAGUGAAAGCAAAUUUGGCAAUAUAUCCAUCAAAAUUCAAGUACCUGAAGACAAUGUAUGGAAGAUUGCACUGCAGGAGGAAUUCAACAUCACACAUUUGAACGAUAUAUCGAGUGACGCUUAUUACGAAAUAUGGCACUCGAAAUAUUCGGAACCUGGACAGCUAAGAAUUGCUAAAAAUUAUCGAAUGACGUCGGAUGUACUAAACUGUUUAUUGACGAACUACAAAACAGGAAACACGUCUGCGUAUAAUUGUAGAAGUAAAACAGUCGUCGACAGUACAAAAACCUAAGCCAUUAAAACAGCUAUUAAAACAUUAUUUAACAGCUUUAUAUUAUUAUUAUCAAGACAGAAGAUUUACAAAAAACCAAUAGACGGUGAAUAUCUCCAGUCUUGUAAUAUGCGAUUUUCUAUACAUAAAAAUCACGUUAUAAACUUUAACAGAUAAGUACAUUAAUAAAGUUAAUAUUAUUUGACCUAA